AUGAUUGAGACUACAAGCUAUAGUGCCAGAUUGUACUACCUUGUGCAAUACACAGCAGGCGACGCACAGGAACUAAUGCGAAGUUGUCUUGCAAUAGAUUCUGAGAAAGGCUGUCGCGAGGCUCGGAAACUUCUUACCAAGCGUUAUGGACAGCCAUACAGGAUUGCUUCGGCGUGUGUUGAACGAGUCACCAAUGGGCCUGCUAUGAAGUCUGAAGAUGGAGCAGCUCUACAGUCGUUUUCUGUCCUUUUAACCAGCCGCAAGAACACGUUAACUGACAUUGGUUACCUGAACAAAAUUGAGAACCCCAACAGCUUAAGGAAAAUAGUUUCUAGACUUCCGGUCAACCUGCGCCAGAAGUGGCGUGAUGUAGCAGACACCAUCACUGAGAGGAAAGAAAGAGAAGUAACCAUCAGUGACGUCGCACGUUUCGAAGAGGAGAAACCCCGUGUAUUAACGCAUCCCAUAUUUGGAGACAUAUCCAGCGAACUGGAAGGCAAAGGCAGUCUCGAAACGAGAAAAUCAACAAGCAGAAGGACUAUGCUAUCCGCUGUGCGAUGCUAUCCUCAUUGGCUAUCCCAAUGUAAUGAUUUCAGAAGAAGAGGCGUCAGUAAAAGAUACGAACUUGUGCGAGAGAAAGAGCUUUGCUAUAACUGUCUUGUUUCCGGCCAUUACGCCAUAGCUUGCCCAAAGACGAGCUUUUGCAAGGUGGACGGGUGUCACGACAAACAUUCAACAUUCCUACACCCAUCAGCAGCGCGAAUCGAGGACGCAACGCAGCCAGAGAUUGGAGCCCAGAAUGCUUAUGUAAGUGUUGGCAAGCCACGCCGUGCCGUUACUGGGGCCGGAACAUCAGUAACCGGAUUACCAGUGGUACCAGUCAAAGUGAGAGCCAAAGGGAGUGACACUCUUUUGCGUACGUACGCCUUCCUAGAUAGUGGCUCGAAUACGACCUGCUGCAGUGAUCAGCUACUGAAGGAGCUUGAAGUCAGAGGUAUGGAAACCACGUUAACGCUAACUACGCUGGAAAGAGAGAAUAGUACGAAAGCAAGUUCUUUGAUCCAGUUAGAAGUCUUCGACUUAGAUGAAAAUAAUUUUAUUGAGCUACCGCUUGUGUUUUCUACUCCUGCACUGCCAAUUUCAUCAGAAAGUGUACCUCGUCAAGAUGAUGUUGACAGAUGGCCCCAUCUGAACGGAGUGCGUAUUGCAGAAAUAGAUGCCCAUGUCGGUCUACUGAUAGACCAUGACGUACCUAAAGCUCUGGAACCGAAAGAAGUCAGGGAGAGUCAGGACGAAGAUCCAUAUGCAACAAGAACUUUGCUCGGCUGGACAAUUAAUGGCCCGCUAGGCAGAAACGGAAUCACUACUCGUACUACCAAUUUCAUUAGAAGAGACACCGAGCUCGAUCACAUGUUCCAGAGAUUUUGCAAUAUUGAAUUUAACGAUUCGCUGCUUGACGAUGAGAGGGAGAUGUCUCUUGAUGACAAGAGAGCCCUGGAAAUCCUGUUAAGAAGAAGGCUCGCCAAGGACCCAGAUCUCUUUCAGAAGUAUUCAGCCUUCAUCGACAACCUUCUACACAGAGCCUACGCCAGAAAGGUCCCAGAUCAUCAGGUUAAUAGAUCGGGAGAAGCUACUUCGUUUCUACCACGUCACACAGUCUUCCAUCCAAAGAAACCUGAGAAAGUUCGCGUUGUAUUCGACUGUGCAGCAAAAUACAGGGGCGUUCCUCUCAAUGACGUAUUGCUACAAGGCCCAGAUAUGAACAACUCCCUCAUUGGUGUUCUUGCUCGGUCCCGACAGGAACGGAUCGUUAUUCUGGCCGACGUGGAGUCUAUGUUCUACCGAGUUCGCGUUCGUCCCGGCGAUCCUGAUGUGGUACGUUUCCUGUGGUGGCCUGGUAACGAUCUGGAAAGUCAACCUGAAGAUUACCAAAUGAGAGUUCAUUUAUUCGGUGCCGUGUCUUCUCCAAACUGCCCAAUCUUUGCCCUGAGGAAAUCAGCUGAUGACAACCUGAUGGAUGACGACCCUGAAAUCGAGAGGAAGACUCAAGCCCUUUUCUCCCUUACCGACCCUGGUAUUAAUUGUAUCAACCAACUCCUUGGGUACUUCUCAUCAUGGUCUCGUCUUAUAAUUAAGAGAUUCAUUGUCUGGACUUUGCGCUACCGGGAGAAGUAG